AUGUUGCAAAAACAAAGAGGAAAAAAGUAUGAUUUGGGCAGCAGCAGCAGCAACAACAACAACAACAUUCCGACCAGAGACAAGGCGUUAUGGCCCAAAGAAAUGUACUGCAGGCAGAGUUUGAAUCACAUAGGUUGCCAGUACUCGGGGAUCAACGCCAUGGCCUGCGGCAAAGUCAUCAAACGCGGGCUGAGCAAGAGCCAGGAACGGCUCAUCCUCAAAGCACACAACAGAAGGCGGUCGGAAAUCGCAAUGGGAGGACUUUAUCACCAACCUCCUGCUGCGAACAUGGCCAAGCUGGAAUGGGAUCAACAAGCAGCAGCAAUUGCGCAACUUGUGGCUGAUCAAUGCAGGAGCGGACCGCAAAUGGGAAUUGAUACAAGUGAAGGCAAACAGAAAGCUUUAUUUUCCGCUUUUCAGCAUUCACAAAGACCGGAUUUCCGAACUGCUCAUUACGCGCAGCUCGUUUGGGCCAACACAGUGGGCCUCGGGUGCGGGUUCAUUGAGUACGUGGCAAACGGCGGCUGGAUCAACCGGGAACUGGUGUGUCACUACGGCCCCACCGGAAACCUGCCCGGACAUCCGCUUUACAUCCUGGGGAAAUCCUGCUCGGCUUGU